AAACAAACAAGUAUGUUAUCAUUCCAUUCUGUAGCAAAUGCACAUACAGUGUGCCUUUUGGAAAAGCGAUACAUCUAUUCUGUACAGAGCUGAAAAAUGAAUCGUUUUGAAUACUGCCAGGCACGACUCUUCGAGAACGAAUCGUUUGUGGCAAAGGAUCGCAACAUUAAGCUGUAUGACGGUGAUGAAAAGACCAACUAUGAAGACGGCGAAGUUGUUCUGACUAGCCAUCGUUUGCUGUGGGGACGUAACGGAGAAAUCGCAAGGGGAGGCAGCUGCUUGGCAUUGAAACUGAAAUAUGUCCUGUCUGUGGAUGAAGAGGAAGCAAGUUCGAUGUUGUUUGGACGGAAGAAACGCAUAAUUCUACGCCUAGGCAGCUUAGCGUCGGAUAAAAUGCCUGGGCCCAUGGAUCAUAGCUGUUCAACUUUUGUGAAACUAUCUGGCCGCAAUGGUGUGGAGGUGGCUUUUGUUCAGGCACUUCACUCAACUUUAUCCGCCCGUAUCUGGAUUGUGUCGGAUGAUGGGGAGCAGGCCCAGUCGAGCCAGUCCGACGCAUCGGCUGCUGGACCCAGCGCAGACGCAAGCCGCCGCCAGUUGCGUAUUGGCAUAGUUGGCAUUGAGCGGAAUUUAGCCGAAAAGCAAAAGCAAACAGAUGCCAAUAUCAACAUGGCCUUCAAAGACCUUGGUCGACUAAUGGCUAUGGCGAAAGAUAUGGUGGCUAUUACGAACGUUGUCAGUGCAAAAAUACGCGAACGCCAGGGUGAAAUAUCGGAGGACGAAACGGUUCGUUUUAAAUCGUAUUUAUUGAGCCUCGGCAUUGACGAUCCAGUCACGCGAGAUGGCACACGCAGCAAUUCGGAAUAUUUCCUAAAACUUUCGAGACAGCUUUGCGAGAUGUUGCUCGAUCCCAUCACCGAGGCUGGAGGAAUGAUGUCGCUAGCUGACGUUUACUGUCGUGUUAAUAGGGCCCGUGGACUGGAACUGCUAUCACCCGAAGACUUGCUAGAAGCGUGUCGGCUGCUCACGGGCCCUAUCAAGCUUCGCGAAUUUCCCAGCGGUGCCAUUGUACUGCAGCUUGAAUCGCACGACGAUGCGCUGAUAUCGCAGCGCACGCUGGAACUGGUGGAGCAGAAUGUGUCCAUGAGCCCGGACGAGCUGGCGCGUCUUGAAUGUAUUUCGCUGUUAUUAGCACGCGAGCGACUGCUAACCGCAGAAGGCUUUGGUCAGCUUUGCCGCGACGAGUCGGUCGAAGGAUUGCGGUUCUAUACAAAUAAAUUUAUUCAUUGACCAACGCAA